CACGCACUCUUCUCUCUUCACACCGACACAAACAUCUAAAAGACAACAUUUUUCCUGAAAUGUUGGGACGAAUCCAUGUCUCCAUUCCUGCCAAAACCACUCAAUUUUUUCCCUCAAAACCUCACCCAGUGUCUCAACUUCGAGCCUCUGUCACCACCAAAACAACCAGAAAAAGCUUGCAGCUUCAUCACGUUCCCGAAAUUGAAACGGAAAAUCAUCAGAAAAGUAAGUCUCAUUCCGAUGACAUGUGAUGGGAUUUUACCCACAUGCAGGGGAUCCCUGGAUUUUCACUUGCACGCGCAAGAUCAAAUGAAUUGGUUCAGAGUGUUCAUGUAUGUAGGUGAAGCCCCUGCCAACUGGGAAAAGGUUCUUCAAGGAAUUCGCCAAAUGAGGAGUUCUCCAGAUGAACAUGAACCAGUUGCACACGAGGAAACUGCUGAUAAUACUGUUCUUCCUAAGGAAAGAAGAUUUGCUGUCCUUGCAUCUUCCCUUUUAUCAAGCCAAACUAAGGGGCAUGUUUCUCGUGGAGCGAGUCAAUGUCUUCAUGAAAAUGGCCUGCUUACCGCAGAAGCAAUGAACAAAGCUGAUGAAGAAACCAUCAAAAAGUUGAUUUACCCUGUUGGAUUUUAUACAAGAAAAGCCAGUUACUUGAAGAAGGUUGCUAACAUUUGCCUCAUGAAGUAUGAUGGAGACAUACCUAGCUCAAUUGAGGAACUACUCUUGCUGCCAGGAGUAGGUCCUAAGAUUGCUCAUCUGGUUAUGAUUCGUGGAUGGAACAAUGUCCAAGGGAUAUGUGUAGAUACUCACGUCCACCGCAUUUGCAAUCGUCUUGGGUGGGUUUCGAGAUCAGGCUCAAAACAGAAAACUUUGACACCAGAAGAAACCAGACAAAGGCUGCAACUAUGGCUUCCGAAGGAAGAAUGGGUUCCAAUAAAUCCUCUUUUGGUAGGAUUUGGACGAUCAAUUUGUACUCCUCUACGACCUCACUGUGGAGAGUGUAGUGUGAGUAGCUUCUGUCCAUCAGCAUACAAGGAGGCUUCAAGCUUUUCAUCCAAGUCCAAAAAAUUUACAUUGAACAAGAAGCCUUGAUCUAGUCUACUGGAGCUGAUAAACUUUUUGAGGUUCAUUUGGAAGGAUUUGACUCCUUUGAAAAGGAGAAAGAAAAACAUGUAAUUUCAGUGUUAAUAAGAACAUCAAAUACUCACCUUCUAACACAUGCAUGUACAUGUAAUACCAAGAAUUAAUAAGAUAUGAUCGACGUUUGUAAGCUGAAAUAUUGCUUUAAAGGUUUAAACUGAUGAUCUUCUGAUUAUAAGAUAAUAUAA